AUGAUGCGCGGACGGUCACCAUGUUGCGCGCCAUCCCUGUCUGCUGCCCGCCUCGCGCAUUCCGCCUCCGCGCCAGCCGGUGUGGAUAGUGGCGACGAUAGCACCGUUGGCGUCAGCAGCGGCAGCGGCAGUGGUGGUGGCGGCACUGAGGCCGAGGCGCCUGAUCCACGAGUGGACGGCGUGCAGAGCCGUGCCCCAUGUGUGCGGUGGGGCAUCCUUCCCCCACACUCUCCUUUCGACGCCUCCUCCUCCCCAACACCACCUGUGCACACCCUCCCCCCUCCCUCUCAACACUGCAUGCUGUACGUGAGAGCCGUGCCCCAUGUGUGCAGGGGCCAUCCUGCAGGCGAGGGUGGGGCGCUCCCAACCCGCUGCUGGGGGCUGAUGGCAGCUGGGUCAGGUGAGCGGUGCAGUGCGCCUAAGUUAGGAGCCUGCAAUCAACCUCGCCCUCCUCUCAACCCUCCCUUCGCCCUCCUCUUAACCUCUCGUCGCCCUCCUCUCAACCUGCUUCAACUCUCAUUACCACCUUAUGGGCUGCUCCCCUCGCACUUUCCGCACACCGCUCAUCCUUCCAACUCUUCAUUGCCUCUCUGCUCUAACCUCCCCUCCCCACCUCCACUGCUGCCCCGUGCUGCCCUGCCCUGCUGCCCCAUGCUGUCCCCUCACAGCUUGUUCCCGCCACGACCUUCAGCACAUGGCUCUCCCUCUCACCGCCUGCAACCCGGAUCUGUGCCCGCACAGGGCACACCCGGCCGGCGCAGCCGCAGACGGGGGAGGAGGACAGACAUCGAUGCCGAGGAGAGCAAGGAGGAGAUUGGGGUUCGUGGAGUGGUGGGGAGUGAGGAGGGGUCAGGGGAAGGGGCUGUGAAGGAAGGGGGUUUAGAAGCUGGCGGGGAUGGAAGCAAUGGGGUGGUUGGGGAUGAGAUGAUGGUGAAGAGUGAUGAGAGGGGGGGAGAAUGGGAACCGGCACAAGGUGGGGAGUGUGUGAGAAGCAACGAUGCGGACAGGGGCGAUGCCAGUGGGGGCGAUGGAAGUGGAGAUGAAAAGAGCUUGGGCUCUGGGCGUGUGGAGCUAGAAGGGCUGGACAAGGCAAGGGGGAGUGCGGCGUUGAUGGGUGAGGGGCAGAGGGGAUUGGAUCACGUGGGUGUUGGAAAGGGAGGGCGGGUGCACCCCUUCCAUCCGCACGUGCGCGUGACAGGGGGCGUGCUGGGUGAGGAGUGCGCGCAGGUGAUGCGAGAUUUCUUCACAGCCAGGCGCAAGCAGCAGGCCGAGGAGAGAAGGGGGCGCAAGGCAAGGGAAGGGCUUGUGGGAAGUUGA